UAUCUGGAGCAAACCUGCCAACCAAUCCACUUCCUGUAGUCAGCAAUUCCAUCCCUAACGGAGAGGGAAAAAAGUGGAUGGAAGAAUUUUACUUGGUGUUCUAAUAAGGCGUUCGGAAGAGCAACCUCUACUUGGCCGUCCGUCUGCAACACUCAAGAGUUUCGCCAUAUAGAAACAUAACUUGAGUUUUAAAUCGCGUUUGUGCUGGGAGGCUGUUCCGUCGAUCGAAGAAGUGUAGAAGUAAAACACGCUCUCGGUUCAAAACCAGAAGUGUAGCCUAUUAACCCUACAGAUCUAUGGCACGGAGGAUACAAUUGACGCGCAUCUAUUUGCAUGAGAAGUAAAAUCCUUUCAAGCGUCGAGCUUGGGAAGGUCAGAAGUGCUUUCAUGUAUUGGAAAAAUGAGGUUUUGGCUCCUCUACCAGAGGGAAAUAAGUUUUUAUCCGAAGGAACUCCCGCAAAGCAGGUGAUUUCUCCAGGAACGCCGCAUACACCGGGUGCCUCACGCUGUGUGGAAGCCAAACAUACACUCGUUAUGUCUCAUUCGGACGGGGAAUCCCACCGAUCGAACAUGGAGAGGGAGGAUACGCGCUCCUCCCCAAGUCCCCCCUCUACACCGUCCAUCUGCUCGCCUACCUCUACUGCCUCCUCGGUUCCGUCCACCGGGAAGAAUGUGUGCGCGAGCUGCGGUUUGGAGAUCCUGGACAGAUACCUUCUCAAGGUAAAUAACUUGAUUUGGCACGUGAGGUGUCUGGAGUGUUCGGUUUGCCGGACGUCAUUGCGUCAACACAACAGCUGUUACAUCAAAAACAAAGAGAUCUUCUGUAAAAUGGAUUAUUUCAGUAGGUUUGGUACAAAGUGUGCCCGCUGCGGCCGCCAAAUCUACGCCAGCGAUUGGGUGCGUCGGGCCCGGGGUAAUGCCUAUCACCUGGCCUGCUUCGCCUGUUUCUCCUGCAAGCGGCAGCUGUCCACAGGGGAGGAGUUCGGGCUGGUGGAGGAGAAGGUGCUGUGCAGGAUCCACUACGACACCAUGGUGGAGAACCUCAAACGGGCUGCUGAGAGUGGCAGUGGCAUAACCCUGGAGGGGGCAGUUCCCUCGGAGCAGGACAGCCAACCCAAGCCUGCCAAAAGAGCACGUACCUCCUUUACUGCAGAGCAGCUACAGGUGAUGCAGGCUCAGUUUGCGCAGGACAACAACCCUGACGCACAGACCUUGCAGAAACUGGCGGACAUGACAGGCCUGAGCCGAAGAGUCAUACAGGUUUGGUUUCAAAACUGCAGAGCAAGACACAAAAAGCAUACCCCCCAGCACAGCGGACCCCCGCAGGGUCACCCCCAGUCCCGGAUGCCCCCCUCGCUGCCGGACGACCUGCAUUACUCCCCGUUUGGCAGUCCCGAGCGAGCACGCAUGGUGGCACUGCACGGAUACAUCGAGAGUGAGUGUUACAUUGGCCACCCCUUCUCCGUUCUGACGACACAAAGCCUGAACCCCCAUCAAGGCAUGUCGCUGCCCCAGCUACCCCUCAGCCGCUAACCAGCAGACGCUGCUGCUGCCACCCCCUAAUUUCUGCCCCCUGACCUCCCACGAGCGACCUCCGUCUACCGGCCCGACCCCAGAGGUUAAACGUGAUGACUUAAUGAGAGGAUUUAGGUUUGAGAUGCCUGACCACUCUGAAUGGAGAGAGAGAGAGAGAGAGAGAGAGAGAGAAAGAGACUGCCUCCUCUACUCUUCUUCUGGAUUAUGAUUACAUAUCCUACCUACAGCCAGUCUGACUGUUUUCAUCACAGAGGAUGUGAGCCCUUCCUUUUACUUACUGGGACUUAUAUACAGUCAAGACACAUUCAUCCAGACUACAAGCUCCCUAUGCAGUACGGGACCGAAAUCUAAUGGGGGAAAAUAGGAGCAGGCUAAAAGGAACAUGUACACUGUCAGAUGUCUGAAGGGUAAAAUAUGAAAUGAAAAAAAUGGCAAGGGAUUGGACUUGUGGGCGGGGCAGGCAGAGGACAUGGAGGUAAGACACCUCGCUCCUUUUCUAUGCCGGACGAUACCAUGAAGAAUGAUAAAAGACUGAUGGUUUGGACACAGAAUCUGCUAUGAACAAAAGAAAUAAUAAACAAUAUUAAUUUUAAAUUCACAGCUGCUCAUUUUGGUAUUGUUUGAAAUCAUGAGGUAAUCUGCAUGCCGUUCAUGUGCAGCCUUCUGUAAAGGCUAUCAGCCUCCGAUAAGGAUAAAUUGUGUGCCUUAUCUUAUCAACGCAAACCAAAUGACCAUAAUAAUAUGGUUGAUUGUUUCAAAUUAUAAACCAUCUCCAGGCAGCUAUGGUCAAACACAAAUAUUCACAGACAAAACCAACAACUGAAUUGUGUAAGGAAGAUUGUUAAAAUAGUGGCACAUGUAACGUUAAAUUUGUACCAGUGGAAAUACUGAAAUACAUUUUUAUUCUUAAUAUUUCACCAAAUCUAUGAUUAAUUGUAACGUCCUUUUGACACUGACAUACGUCUGUGAAAUUUUUGACAGUAAAACUGGUUAGAUGAGAAACAGAGGGAGAUCUAAAAUGCAUUAACCGAUCAUCUUCCUUCAGUUGUAAAGACGAGCCGAAAGACAGUACAUGUCACAUUACAUGUAAUAUCAUGUUCAGAAAGGGUGUAGCAUCAGUAAUUUAUAAUUUAUGUCGGUGCAGGAUCCAUGUCAGUUCAGUGUUUUGUUUUUGUCUUCUACAUUUUGUCCAGCCUUUGUGCUUCACUGCUACGGGGUGAAAUGAAGAUGUGGUACAGUGUCAGUGGCCUGGGGGAUUUUGACGUGUAUAUAUGUAGAUGUCUGUGGCUGGCCAGGCAGACUGACAGACAGACAGGGGAGAGGAAAGCUUGUGUGAAACUGUAACUUGGUGUUUUGGCUGUGGAGUGGAGUCAGUGAGGAACAUGAGCCUGUGUUUACGAUGGACUAACGGAGACAAGACCUCAGCGUUCUUGUAUUUAUUGAGACAAUAGCCUGUAAGCACUUUUUUUUCUUGGAAAUUGUCAAAAUGGUCGUUUU